CUCCCCGGGCCUGCUGAGCUCCCUGCGCGGAGAGAAUGAGAGGAUGGCCGAGCGGCGCUGCGGCGGGGACCACGGAGGGCAGCAUCCUCUCCUCCAGCACGGCGCCAUGAGCUCCGCGGAGGACGCCGGGGCGGAGGAGCUGUCCCUGGAGGAGAUCCUGAGGCUCUACAGCCAGCCCAUCAACGAGGAGCAGGCGUGGGCGGUGUGCUACCAGUGCUGCAGGACGCUGGCGAGGGGGCAGCGGGGCCGGAGGAGCUCCGCCGCGGCCCGGACCGCCGCACCUGCCGCCCCGGGGAGGAUCUCCGGAGCCGGGGACGUUCGGAUCCAGAAGGACGGCUCUGUGCGGGUGGACCACCACCACCUUGCAGGUAAACACAGCCCCUGCACAACAUCAGAGGUGAUCGAGUCUCUGGGCAUCAUGAUCUACAAGGCUUUGGACUAUGGGCUGAAGGAGAACGAGGAGCGGGAGCUCAGCCCGCCUCUGGAGCAGCUCAUCGACGUCAUGACCAACAUGGCCGAGACCGAGAAGGACGCCUGCCCCGACGAAGGCUACGAGGCCACCGAGGAGGAGGACGAGGCCGAGGACGACUCAGAUGACAUUUCCAGUGUUCAGGGUUACAGAGAUAUCUUCAGGCUAUGCACCGCUCAUCUGCCCAGCGUGUCGGACGCCCCCAGUCACUACCAGGCGGUGUGCCGCGCCCUGUACACAGAGACCCGGGAGCUGCGGACGUUCCUGGAGAAGAUCAAGAGUGCCAAAGAGAAUCUCCGUAAAAUGGAGGAAGAGACAACAGAGGAGCCUGGCCGAGACCUCAAUGAGCUGCAGAAUGCUGACUGGGCUCGGUUCUGGGUUCAGGUGAUGAGGGACCUGCGUGAAGGAGUCAAGCUGAAGAAGGUGCAGGAGCGUCAGUACAACCCUCUGCCCAUCGAGUACCAGCUCACCCCCUACGAGAUGCUCAUGGACGACAUCCGCUCCAAACGCUACAAGCUGCGCAAAGUCAUGGUCAAUGGCGACAUCCCUCCAAGAUUAAAGAAAAGCGCGCAUGAGGUCAUUCUGGAGUUCAUCAGAUCCAGACCUCCUCUCAACCCUGUGUCCGCUCGUAAGCUGAAGCCCCAGGCUCAGCCUCCGCCCACCCUGCACGAGAGGAUCCUGGAGGAGAUCAAGGCGGAGAGGAAGCUUCGCCCGGUGUCUCCCGACGAGGUCCGCAGGGGAAGACUGGUAAUUCGGCCACUUAGCAUGUCUUUCAGUUUUGACGCGUCAGAUGAGUUCAGUCCGUACAUGGGCAGGCGGACGUCCAGCACUCUGUCUCUGACCAAUGGAUCAGCAUCUCCCAGGGCGCAGCCCUCUGGAUCUCAGUCUGUUCCGCCCAGAAAGAGGCUUCUGAAGGCUCCCAGCCUCGCUGAGCUGGACAGCUCCGACUCGGAUGAUGAGGUUUUUGGCCGUAAAUCGGCGAGCAGCUCCAGCGUGGCGACGUCGCUGAUGGAUGACACAUCCCCGGAGUGCGCACUGGGAAAGAAAACUCCACCCUUGUUCCUGCCCAUCUCCUCCACGCCGCAGCCGGAGAGGCGUCAGACUCCCCAGAGACGACACUCCAUCGAAAAGGAAACUCCCACCAACAUCCGGCUCUUCCAGCCGCCCUCCAAACACGGCUCCAAGUCCCUGGAGGAGUUCUGUUUCCCCGUGGAGUGUCUGUCCCUGACGGUGGAGGAGGUGAUGCACAUCCGACAGGUGCUGGUGAAGGCAGAGCUGGAGAAAUUCCAGCAGUAUAAAGAUAUUUACAACGCCAUGAAGAAGGGAAAGCUUUGCUUCUGUUGUCGAACCAAAAGAUUUUCCUUAUUCACCUGGUCCUACAUCUGCCAGUUCUGCAAAAAGCCUGUGUGUUCGCAGUGCUGCAAAAAAAUGCGGCUGCCGUCCAAACCUUACUCCAGUCUGCCCAUUUACUCCAUCGGCUCGACCAACACUCUUCCCAGGGAGAGAAUAAGUGCCAUGACUGCGGUAGGACAAGGGCUUUCUGUGGCUGGAGGGCCGGAGCCGCUGAUGGGGCCGGGACCAGUCAUGAGGCCAGGGUCAGUGACGGGGGCGGAGCCGGGGCCAGAGGUAGGGUCAGGGUCAAAGACUAGGUCAGGGUCAAAGACUGGGCUGGGGUCUAAGAUUAGUCCGGGGCCAAGUCCGAAGAAGGGGCCUGUGCCGGGGCCGUCAGCGGCGGCGGGAGCUGCAUCACCCUCCACUUCAAAAGGAGCGUCUAAAGCAGCGUCUAAAGGAAGCGGAAAAGCUUCUGGAGCAGCAGCCAAGUCUGAGAAAACUUCUGGGAGCCCACAACGCCACAGCAUCCAGAAGACCAUGUCCAAGUUUUCCAAGCACGGCUCUUUAAAGUCUCACGAGGAGCUGGAGCUUCCGUCGGAGCUGACGGAGGACUGGGCCAGCAUGGAGGUGUGUGUGGACUGCAAGAAGUUCAUCUCCGACAUAAUCGCCUCCAGCAAGCACAGCCUGUCGCUGGCCACCAAGAGGGCGCGCUUAAAACGCAAGACCCAGUCCUUUUACAUGUCCUCCCCGAAAGGCAGGGAGGAGUACCGGCCCUCCGAACGAACAAUCAACGAAAUCUGAAACCUUUCACCUUUCACUCUCUCUGUCAGACUGUUUCACCUCCUCCAGACGGCAGCGUACUAUAGACGCGCCAGUGUCUUCUCAUUAAUAUCAUAGAAGAUCCUUUAAUCUCUGACUCGAGACGCUCAACCCAACAGAAAA